GGGGCUGGUGUCACCCUCCUUCAGCUCCUCCACAGCUGCUGUGGGUCUGUGCUGGGGCGAGUUUGGGCUGCGGCUGCAGCGCCGAGGCUUUUCCUCUGCCCACUCUCCCCGCAGGGAGGAAGCUGGAAGGGACGGGACGGCGCCGGGAGAGCUGCCCCGAGGCCAAAGGGACGGUCCAUGACACAGAUCGUCCUCGGCCGUGAGGCUGGAGGCAGAGGAAGGGUUUUGGCUGCCGGCGUGGCUGUUGCUUGGAGGCUGGCCGGGCACCCGGCUGCCGGUGCGAGGUGAUGAGCGACUGCCUGUGCAGCACCGGGACUCGUUGUACUGUUCCCCUUCACUUCACAGGUCAAAGUGUCUUCAUCGCAACACGAGGGGUUUGUUGCUUUUGCUCUUCCUGGUCUCUCCCUGUCCCACUGCGGGGGAGUGUGAGUGGGUUUGUGGGCGCUUGGUGCUGCUGGGGGUCAGCCCCCUGCGACCCCAGGGGAUGUCUCGGGUGGGCUCGUCCCCACGCACGUCCCGGCUCCGGGGCAGGCUCGCCAGGCGCGGCCGAGCUCGGCCCGGGCGGUGGGGCCGAAGCGGGCGCUCCGGCUGCCGGGGUGCGGCGGUGGCGGAUCCCGCUCCUCCGGCCGCCGGCCCCUUCCGCUGCCAGGGGACCCCGGCCCGGCCCCACCGCCAGCGCCGCCCUUCCGUGCCGGGAGCCAAGCCGGGCCCCGUGACCCGCCCCCGCCGGCCGCGCCCCGGAGCCGGAGGGGGGAGGAGGGGCCGAGGUGGGGGGAGGAGGGGCCGGAGGGACCCCGGGCCCCCCCCCCCGCUGCUUCCCGCGGCCGCACGUGACCGGAAACAGGCUCCCGGCCGCGUCGUCACGUGAGCAGAAGCAGGCCGGCGGCAUGGCGGCGGAGGGCGAUGUGGAGCUGGAGCUGGAGACGGAGCCGAACGGCGGCGGCGGCGGCGAUGGGGCGGGCGGGCGCGCGGCCGAGAAGCCGCGGAAGCACGACAGCGGCGCGGCCGACCUGGAGCGCGUCACGGACUACGCGGAGGAGAAGGAGAUCCAGAGCUCCAACCUGGAGACGGCCAUGUCGGUAAUCGGAGACCGGAGGUCCCGGGAGCAGAAAGCGAAACAGGAGAGGGAGAAGGAACUGGCAAAAGUGACCAUCAAGAAGGAGGACCUGGAGCUGAUUAUGACAGAGAUGGAGAUCUCACGGGCGGCCGCGGAGCGCAGCCUUCGGGAGCACAUGGGGAACGUAGUGGAGGCGCUCGUCACUCUCACCAACUGAGUGCCGGGCACCGGGCCGGCUGCAGCCGGGUUCCGUGUCCCUACACAAUAAAGGUGCCGUUGGGAGCAGGUA